UGGGCCCAGGACGGGGAUUGGGGGCCAGGAGUGGCUGCAGCGCUGGGCGAGGGGAGGCCAGAGAGGGAGGCCACAGACCGGGGCAGGGGCAGCCAGGACUGGGCCGGGCCAAGCGGGCAGCGGGCGGAGGGGGGAGGCAGGGAGACUGACCCCGGCAAGCCCCCGAGGCCCCUUGGAGCGCCUGCCGCUGCCGCCGCGGGGAUGAACUUUGCUGUGGGCUUCAAGCCGAUGCUGGGGACCUCGCAGAGCAUGGACAAUCUGGAGAAGCAGCUCAUCUGCCCCAUCUGCCUGGAGAUGUUCACCAAGCCGGUGGUCAUCCUGCCCUGUCAGCACAACCUCUGCCGCAAGUGCGCCAACGACAUUUUCCAGGCCUCCAACCCUCUCUGGCAAUCACGAGGGUCCACUUCCGUGUCAUCUGGAGGACGGUUCCGGUGCCCAUCCUGCCGCCACGAAGUAGUGCUGGACCGACACGGAGUGUACGGCUUGCAGCGCAACCUCCUGGUAGAAAACAUCAUCGACAUUUACAAGCAGGAGUCCUCUCGCCCCCUCCACGCCAAGGCGGAGCAGCAGCUGAUGUGCGAGGAGCACGAGGAGGAGAAGAUCAACAUCUACUGCCUGAGCUGCGAGACCCCCACCUGCUCCAUGUGCAAGGUCUUCGGGGCCCACAAGGACUGCGAGGUGGCCCCUCUGGCCAACGUCUACAAGCGCCAGAAGGGGGAGCUGAGUGACGGGAUCGCCAUGCUGGUGGCGGGCAACGACCGGAUCCAGGCCAUCAUCAGCCAGAUGGAGGAGAUCUGCAAGACCAUUGAGGAGAACGGGCGGCGGCAGAAGCAGCACCUCUGCCUGCGCUUCGACUCCUUGUACAGCAUCCUGGAGGAGCGCAAGAAGGAGCUGCUGCAGGAGGUCGGCCGCGAGCAGGAGGAGAAGGUGCAGCGCGUGCGCGGGCUCAUCCGCCAGUACGGGGACCACCUGGAGGUCUCCUCCAAGCUGGUCGAGUCGGCCAUCCAGUCCAUGGAGGAGCCCCAGAUGGCCGUCUACCUACAGCAAGCCAAGGAGCUGAUUAAGAAGAUCACAGACAUGUCCAAGGUUUCCAUGAGCAGCCGCCCGGAGCCGGGCUAUGAAAACAUGGACCGCUUCUCCAUCAACGUGGAACACGUGGCUGAAAUGCUGAGAACCAUUGAAUUCCAGACAGAUCAUGCUGGGGAGGAUGCGGAGCCCGAGGGAGGUGAUGCUGCAAGAGAGGAAGACCCGCCUGAGGGGCUGGCGGAAGCCCCCGAGGGGCCGGAAAAUGUGGGGCUCAGGCCCAAACCAGCAAGUGCAUCUCAUGGUCCGCACUGAGGACGCAAUUCAGGUGCAGCACCAGGAGGAGGAGCUGGUGGGCUUUGGAGGUCUCCACCCCCAGACUCUCCAGCGGAGGGUCCUCCCCGCUUCCCGAUGCCCCGCCCCCAAACUUCCUCUGGGUUUUUCUUCUGUCUGUAGUGAGAAUAAAGUUGUGCUUUCUUUGCUA